UCGCGCGUUCCCGCGCGGCCGGAAGUGAGCGAGCCGGCAAGAUGGCAGCUCCGGUGGUCCAGCUGCGGGCUCUUUGCCGACUGUGUUGUGUGGUGCUGUUCCUCUCACAGUUCUACAUCCUGUCGGGCGGCGGGUCCUUCAGCGAGGAGCCCUCGCAGCCGCUGCCGCAGGCCAUCAAGGACCCGGGCCCCACACGGACCUUCACUGCGGCGCCCAGGGCGGCAGAAAGUACCGAUAUCCCACCUUAUGUGAUGAAGUGUCCGAGCAAUGGCCUGUGUAGCAGACUUCCCGCAGACUGUAUAGAUUGCAAGACCAAUUUCUCCUGUGUCUAUGGGAAGCCUGUUACUUUUGACUGCACAGUCAAACCUUCUGUUACCUGUGUUAAACGAAGAACAGUCAAACAAUCGGCUGUCAGGAGCUGCGGGUCCCAGGAGUGCUGCAGCUGUGAUUUGGGGCCGGCCCCGUGUUCUUCCCUUGGUGUUUUAAGACCAUCGCAGGUGUACACGCAAGAUCCAGACUUCAAAUCCCAGAAGAGUUUUGUCCUCAACAUGACCUGUAGGUUCUGCUGGCAGCUCCCAGAGGCUGACUAUGAGUGCUUCAGCUCCAGCAACUGCAGGGCGGUGUCCUGCCCUCGGCAGCGCUAUGCAGCCAACUGCACUGUGCGGGACCACAUCCACUGCCUGGGUAACCGCACUUUUCUGAAGAUGCUCUACUGCAACUGGACUGGAGGAUACAAGUGGUCCACAGCCCUGGCUCUGAGGCCUGUUUGCUGUUGCAGCAUCACCCUCGGUGGGUUUGGAGCAGACCGCUUCUACCUGGGCCAGUGGCGAGAAGGCCUUGGCAAGCUCUUCAGCUUCGGGGGCCUGGGAAUAUGGACGCUGAUCGACGUCUUGCUCAUUGGGGUUGGCUACGUGGGACCAGCGGAUGGCUCUUUGUACAUUUAGCUGCAGUUACAUGCUUCAGAGAGGAGCGGAGCUUAGCAAAUAUGCUUUGCCUGUGGGAAUCCACGUGCUUUGAGGGACUUGUAUGUGUGUUUAAUGUACAGCAUCUGUACUUUGCCUGCCUUGAUGAAGGUAAAAUAAAAAACAGUGAACCAUGCUUAUCUGGAAUUUGGUUUUCUUUGCCUGAAAUUUUUUUUUUUUCUGUGAAAAAAUUUAAACUGGAAGAACAACCUGUGCAACUGAAAAUCUAUUUAGUUCCUAGACUUGAGUUUUAUAUUACUUACCUCAGAGUGUAUCAUUUGUAUCUCCAACUUGAAUGUCAUCUGCCGUAAAAAACAUUUGAGCUAUAACUGCAAAGAGUGGAAAAUCUUCAUUCUUCAGCUAAAUAAAGUUAUCUAUCUAAACUUCAGUCAUCUCUGAGUUUUGCAGUGUAAUAAUGUCUGUGUAGUGUGGUCUUUCUGUAUGAUUGUUUGAAAUAAAUGCAGAAACUUUGUGUCUGGUUCCUGUGAUUGCAAGUUUGUUAGUAAUAUAAAAGGUUGCAAGAGUACUGGAAAAUAAAUAAAAAUACAAGUUACUUUAAAAA